UUUACUUUGAAACAGGAAGCGCCUCCCCUCCCUCGUCAGUGGUGUGGUCGGUGCAGGAAGAAGAAGCUGCCUCUCAUGGUGGAGGAUUCUCUUCACUCUUUGCUGUGUUAUAUAAUUUCUCUGGUUCCCUCUCGGUGUCUCUCGGCUUCUCUCUCCUGUGGUCGAUAACGAGCCGUUCUCAGCGGAAUGGCCGAACCCAGCGGCAGAUACCAGCAGCUGCCCAAUGAGGAGGACCCAGAAGAGAGUCCACAGGUAGCAGCUGACGCACCUCCCCCAUACAGCAGCAUCACCGAGGACAAUGCGGCCUACUUUGACUACAAGGAAGAUGGUGCUUUCCCCAAGCCUCCAUCAUACAAUGUAGCCACUACGCUACCCUCCUACGACGAAGCAGAACGAACCAAAGCUGAGACAACUGUUCCACUGGUAACCGGAAGACAGCCUCAGCUCAGGGAACGCCUGGAGACUUUUGACGAUGUAAUUCGCAGUUCACUGGAGGAUGAAGACUUUGUGACCAGAGACGACUUUGAAGAUGCUGAUCAGCUGAGGAUAGGAAAUGACGGCAUCUUCAUGCUCACUUUCUUCAUGGCAUUCCUCUUCAACUGGAUUGGUUUCUUCCUGUCUUUCUGCCUGACCACGUCCGCAGCCGGCCGCUACGGAGCCAUCUCAGGCUUUGGCCUCUCUCUCAUCAAAUGGAUCCUCAUCGUCCGGUUCUCCACAUACUUCCCUGGUUACUUUGAUGGACAGUACUGGCUGUGGUGGGUGUUCCUGGUGUUGGGAUUUUUGCUCUUCCUGCGUGGAUUCAUCAACUACGCCAGAAUCCGAAAGAUGGCCGACACCUUCUCCACCCUGCCACGCACCCGAGUCCUCUUCAUCUACUAAUUCCACAAUCCUUCAGUCUCCAAUCACCGCCCUUCUUUCACUGAGGCCCACUGUCUAGCUUAAUUCAAUCAAAACAGGAGAAAGGAAUAUUUUUUUCUUCUGCCUGACAUGAGUUGGACAAUAUGUCUAUUGUCCCCUUUUAAUGUAAAAUAGUGAACGCUGAGAAAUCUGUAAAACCCAUCAGUUGUUAGUGGUGAACUGUCAAGUGCUAUUUGCAGUUAUGAAGUAUGUGAUGUAUAAAUUAAUGCCUUAUUUACUAUUUUACUGUCGGUAGCAGCUGCAUGCGCUGUCUACCUGCUUAACCACCAGGGGGCAGGCUUGUUUGUAUAAUUGUUUCUGGUCUUCAACCUCUUGAAGUCAUUUGCCCUGAAGGCUCAGAAGGCCCAGGGGCCAGAGGGCACUUUUGAAGUUAUGGGCUGAUUUUAAACAAAGUGAGAUGAUAUCAGUUUAUUGUGUUGUUACAUUCCUGAUCAAAACGUAUUGUUCCUCCUGUGAAAUAGAAAAUAAUUCAGGUAAAUUGAGGCUGAAAAGGGAAAAUCAUUCGCUGUUCUUGGGUUCGGGAGCUGAUAAGUUGAGGGCCACUUGUGUAGAAGAUCGGGGGGGGGGUCAGGUUUCCCCUAAAGCAUCAUUUCCUUCUGUAUUUAAGCUUCGUCUAUGCACUCAUGUAAGCAGGAAUCAUUAUUGACCAUACAUAUAUUUCAGCUGAAGCGUAAAGGGGCAGUGACAUCCAGGGGGCUCACUGCCUUGCUCAAGGGACAAAAUUAACUGAUAGUCUGCUACUGGAUUCACAGUUCACUUAGUUUUCAUCAAAAACCAAUGAUUCCAACACUUUAUCCUAUUGACACCCCACCGGUUUCCAAAGAGGAAAAGAAUAUUUAAUCACUAGAUGUUAUUCGGAAACCCUGGCCUGUUCAGAACAAAGUCAAACAUUUUAUUCAGAGCAGAGACUUUUAUUUUCUUUUAUGUAGCAAUGAAACAUUCAGAGUCGUUAUUUUUAUGUUAACCCCCUAAUUCUAAUUUCAGGAUUAUUUUUAUUGCGAGAAUUGUACGUGUCUGGCUUUGAACAUGUUUGGAAUUAAACUGGAAAAGUACACGUU